CAACACCGUCACUAUCUAGAAUAUUUUCAAAUUCACUCCCUCGUGUUAGCUGAUCAAACAUCACAAAAUGGCUACAACAAGGAUAAUGCUGACAUCACUCUGUCUAUCUGUUAUGGUCUGUGUGUGUGUGGGACAAAGGUGGAGAGGCCCACGGCCGUCACCAAGCCACCGCUUGAAUAAGACGUGCGACAUGUACCGUACUGUGCAGCGAGUCGAGAAAAUUUACGGGUGUAAUCAAAAUUUGUUGGAUAAAGUCGCCGAUCUUGAUGAGAAGGUGAAUAUAUUCCCAUUCCGGUACAUGAGGCGCCUUUAUAGAUGGUCACGUGACGGAAAGCUGUGCUACGAGGAAAACGGGAGGGCAGUUGAGGUGCUGAAUGCUUGUGAGGCGCUAGACCUCACGUGCAGAAGAAAUUCUCCCAAAACGAUCGACCAUUGCUGGAGAGUGAUUGCAACACUAAAGCCAACUCACCCACAAGGUCCACAGGGUCCAAAACCUAAACCCCCUGGUAGGGGUAUGUAAACGACGAUACUCAACAAAAUAUGAUACUCGACAAACGUCUUCUUUUUAGUAAUGUUUGAUGACACUUGAGAGAUUUUCAAUCUGUGAUUUAAAUAUAACUUGAUGAUGUCACGGUAUCCUACUUUCAUCAGGGAGAUGUCUCUGCACACGUGGGGUUUAAAGACAGCUUAAGUCAUAUUCUGCAGGAUUACGCAUUUUGAUAAAGGAUUCAAGUAUCACGUCGUUGAAACUGUCAAACAUCUUUACUUUCUUCAGUGAUUGAGCAAGAUUGUGAUAUGUUUUUCUUACAUUAACAUUUGGGGACAUAAAACCACAAAGAAUAGAUUCGACAUUAUUUUAAUCGGGCAAAAAUUGAUGUCCAAAACAAUGAAAGAAGAAAAAGAAUGAUCUGUUCAUGAAAAAAUACGAUGUGAACUGCCACCCCAAACAAAAAUAAAAAAAAAUAAGUGGUCAAAAUGAUUUUGGAGGAUUUUCAAGCUUGUCUGGAAAAAAAGUUGUAUGAUAAAAAAUGUUGUAUAUUAUCAUCUUUUAUUAGAUUUAACAACUCAACAUUUUAACAUUAUAAAAAAGGUGGAUUAUUGUUUGAGAUGAUGAUGUCGAUGGUACUGAUAAUGAUGAUGACGAUGAUAAUAAUGAUAAUGAAAAUAAUAACGAUAAGGUGGGGCAUGAACCACUGGUUCAAAGUUCGGAGACUUAUCUACUGAGCUAUAACACCUCUAAGUAUUUAAGUACGGUAAAUUGAUAAUGUCAGAUAAGGUUAUAUGUAUUUUGCCAAAUUACAGAGAAAGUUUCCUGGCAACUUAUAGUUCUAUGGUUACUGGUCACCUGUUAAAAUUUUAACCUUAAUCACAUAAAUAUACCCCUAAUAUUAGUCUGUAUUGUAAACAUAAUCUUGCACUCAUCGUCAUUUUGUAUUAAUAGACGUGAAGUAGUGUUUAAACUGCUGAAAAACAAUGUUUGUAAAUAGAUAAUUACAAGAUAUACUUGUUUGUAUUCGUGUGAAAUACACUCUAUUGUAU